AUGGCAGAGCCGGUGGGUCCCGGUCCGUCCCCGCUGCUGGCGGCUGCCCGCCGGGCGCACGAAGCGGCUUUCGGGGGGCCGGCGGUGCUGGCGGCGUGGGCCCCCGGCCGGGUCAACCUCAUCGGCGAGCACACCGACUACAACGGCGGCUUCGUGCUGCCCAUGGCUCUGCAGCUGGGGACGGUGCUGGUGGGAUCCCCCACGCAGGACGGGACCAUCUCCAUCCUCACCACCUCGGCGGAGGCGGACGAGCCCCACAGGGUGCAGUUCCCAGCUCCCCACCACGGCAGCUCCCUGAGCCCGGGGCGGCCUCGCUGGGCCAACUACGUCAAGGGCGUCAUCCAGCACUACCGGGGUGGUCCUGUGCCAGGGUUCAGCGCCGUGGUCGCCAGUGACAUCCCCCUGGGUGGGGGCCUCUCCAGCUCGGCCUCUCUGGAGGUGGCUACUUACACCUUCCUCCAACAGCUCUGCCCUGACGAUGGUGAUUUGGUAGCCAAGGCGCUGGCAUGCCAGAAAGCAGAGCACACGUUUGCUGAGAUGCCCUGUGGGAUCAUGGACCAGUUCAUAUCCGUGAUGGGCAAGGAAGGCCACGCUCUGCUCAUCGACUGCAGGUCCCUGGAGACUGUCCCUGUCCCACUGAGCGACGCCAGCCUGGCCGUGCUCAUCACCAACUCCAACGUGCGGCACACGCUGACGGGCAGCGAGUACCCCGCGUGCCGGCGGCACUGCGAGGAGGCAGCGGCGGCACUCGGCAAGGCCAGCCUGAGGGAUGCCACCAUGGCCGAGCUGGAAGCGGCCAGGAGCCAGCUGGGCGAGGAGGUGUAUCGGCGCGCCAGGCACGUCAUCGGCGAGAUAGCACGGACAGCCCAGGCAGCACAGGCGCUGCAGGACAGGGACUACAGGAUGUUCGGGAGGCUGAUGGUGGAGAGCCACAACUCCCUCAGGGAUGAUUAUGAAGUGAGCUGCCCCGAGCUGGACGAGCUGGUAGCAGCAGCUCUGGAAGUCGAUGGGGUUUAUGGCAGCAGGAUGACCGGGGGAGGCUUCGGAGGCUGCACGGUGACACUGCUGGAAGCUGGGGCUGCAGAGAGAGCCCAGCAACACAUCCAGGAGAAAUACAGCGGCACAGCCACCUUCUACCUCACCAAGCCCUCUGGAGGGGCAAAGGGGCUGCCCCUGUAGAGGGCAACCACCUCACCUGGGAUCCCUGGUCUGGAACUGCCUCCCUCGGAGAGGCAGCUGCUUUCCCUGCUGCCCAAGGGGAUGGGUUUGUCUGUCUGCAUCAUUUGCUCAAUAAAUGCACAACAUUUGCACAGUUCUGCACCCACUUGAUCCAAAGACUGUUCCUCAGAGGACACUGGUUUAACUCCAGUUUGAACUGGAGUAACGAGCCAUUACCAGGGCUCUGGGGUCCAGUAGUGCCUCUGGAGCUGCAGUUGCAGGAGGGGAUGGCAGUGGAGGAGCAGCAGGCACUGGCACUUGGCAGAAGUUCCUGUUUGGGAAGCUGCCUCUGGCACAUGUCCUUCAUCUGCUGCAGAUGGAGGCUGUUGGAGGAGGGGGAUUUUUUUAAUUUUAGAUUUUUUUUUUUUAAAGAAAAGGGAAGAGGCAGACUGUAGAGAAGACAUUUAUUAAGUGCAAUAGGAAGCCAUCUGAUCAAAGACCUGCUCUGGAUCUGCCUUGGAAAGGCUGAAACAGCACCAGCCCUAAUGACCAGAUGGAAUUUAAAAAGACAGCCAUGGGUUAGUGCACAAGCCAUGGUGUGCAUGGGGAGGGCAUGAUUCCCUGGAGAGCAGCUGAUGGCCAGGCUCUGCUCUUGGAUAAGGGGAUAAUCUUUGGUUAAAAUGCUUGGAAGUGGGGCUCCCAUUUUAGGCAGUUUCCAGUGUUUUACCCUGAACCAAAAAGCACAGGGGAAAAGGGGCACAGAGUGCUUGUGCAGGAGGGGAUGUGUCAGCUGGAGAGGAAACCCCAACCACAGAGGGGAGAUGGGAACAGGCAAACAGGCAGGUUAAUGCCACUGGCUCUUGGUCAGGAGAAAUAAGUGCUUCUUGAAGGCACAGUAAAAGCACAGGGUUGGUGAAGGAUCUCUUGAGCCACAUUCAAAACUGACCCAGCUCUGGCUGCAAUCCUGGAGACUCCUGUGGACUUUUACUCACCCACGUGCAUCUUUGGCUUAAAGGUGUACAACCCUUCCCAGGGAAAUGAAAAGCCUGGAGAGCAGAGGGGACGCUCGGUGAUGAGUUCUUCAGACUCCAAAUGAAAAAAGAAACCAAAAAAACUCUAAAAACAACAAAAGAAGAAAAAAAAAAAAGAAGAAGAAGAAAAACAAAGGAAAGCCAAGGUCCACUGUCAGAUGAAACCAGGCCAGUGAUGCUGCCAGGGUGAGCAGGCAGCUGCUGUUUUGGUUGGAAGCUCUAGCCCAGGGCAGUGGCAGCUGCUGCUCCAGGCAGGCUCCUGGCUCUCCUCGCCUGCUCCCGUGCGGCUGAAACACGGCAGGGAAAUGUGCUGCUCAAUUGUUCUCACUGGCAGAGGGCAGGGAGAUGCUGGGCAGUGUGCCCAGAGCCAGCAAAUGAAGCCCAGCAAGGUCUCAGCUCAGCCCAGCACUGUGCAAGGAGAGCUGAAGCUGGGACUGAAGGAGUCUCAGGAUGAAGGGAGCACCUCCUGUUCCCAGGUUUGCUCUUCCCCUUGUGCUUACUGGUGGAUCACAGGUCCCUUUAUGGAUGUUGCUGCUGGACAAGAAAUCUUUUAAAAGAUACCCAGCAUCAUCUGCCCUGAAGUCUCACACUGUCCACAUCAACCAUGCAAGAAAUCUCAGCACUGUUCCCAUCUCCACCACUGGGGCCAUCCCCAUCCCUCACCUCUGGGCCCCUUCUGUGCCCAUGUGCCAUGGCUGGAGAGCAUUGGCUGGUGGAUGCCCUGCAGCGAGCAGGUUUGGCCACUUGCACCCUUCUGCAGGAGUCUCUGGUGCUGGAGGAUGUAAAGUCCAAGGCAGAGCCCACCAGCUCAUCAACAGGCUCGUCACAGGGUUCAAGUGGCUUUUGGAUCAAGCCCUUAACUAUUUCUUCUUCCAGUUAUUCAUGUUUCUCAGCAGCCACAGUCCCAGCGUAGUCUCUACAUUCAGCAUAGAUCUCAUCCACCUCCAUUUUUUGUAUAAAAUAAUAAAAUACAUUUUUAUAUAUUUAUAUAUACUAUGAAAACUGUACAAUAUUGUAUGCAAAAAAAAAAAAAAAAAAAGGCUUCAGAGGCCAUCAAAAAGUAACACUACCCAAACAAAAGGUUAUUCUUUGCUCUAAUGGUACCAAAUGUCAGCAGUGAAGGACAGACACAAGUAGGUGCAGUAAGAAAGCACAGGUUACCCCAAAACCCUACCUUGCAGCUCUCAUAAAAAAACCCCAAACAGAACAAACAACCCUCUCCAGUGGGCAGGUGAGUUGCCAGAGAGCCUGGAGCAAAGAUGCAAAGUGUGACCCUCUAUAAAAUCAGGAUUUUCCCAGUUGAGAUCCUCUCAAAACCGAGGACCUGAGAAUAAAGCGUUCUGCUCCAUUUACCCGGGAGGCUGGAGCCGUGGAGACACCCAAAUGAAGGAUGAGCUUGAUCAUCACACGCCUGAUGACCCAGCUAUGCCAGAGUUCUGGUUGUACUGGGCUCCAAAGGAGAAGUCCAGAGCAUGGAGUGGCAGGGAGGGUCUGUACCCACAGCAGGAGCUGCGCAGGCACCGCAGCAGCGUCUGGAUGAAGCGCCCUUGGGUCGUUCCACAAAGUUCUGCCGUCUGA